UUAAUUUGAUGUGGGUUUUGGUAUUUGAAGGUGUUCAUAAAUGUUCCGUGGUGGUACCUAACAUUCAAUAAGAUGAUCAGUCCUUUCCUGACACAAAGGACAAAGAGCAAGUUUGUAUUUGCUGGUCCAUCCAAAUCUGCUGAAACCCUUUUCAAAUACAUAGCUCCUGAAGAAGUGCCAGUUCAGUAUGGUGGACUGAGCAGGGAUGGUGAAUUCACAGUUGCUGACUCUGUCACAGAUGUUACUAUUAAGCCAACAUCAAAGCACACUGUUGAAUUCCCAGUUUCUGAGGCAUGUAUUCUUGCUUGGGAGCUUCGAGUUUUGGGUUGGGACGUUAGCUAUGAAGCUGAAUUCAUGCCUAGCGCAGAGGAUGGUUACACUGUUAUCGUAUCAAAGACUAGGAAGGUUACCUCAACCGACGAGCCUGUGAUCUCAGACACAUUCAAAAUUGGUGAACCUGGCAAGGUUGUGCUUACCAUUGAUAACCAAACCUCCAAGAAGAAGAAGCUCCUCUAUAGAUCGAAGACCAAGCCCAUUUCUGAAUGAGCUUCAAGGAUCAGGGCCAUCGUAGAGUUUUUAACUUCCAAUCAUUUAGAAGACAUGGAUGGCAUGCAAGGAGUCCUAUAAUGCAUGAACACGAGGGUGGAGUUUUGUUUUUGUUUAAUUUUUUGUUCUUAUGAAGUCUGGGGCAUUUAUUUAUAUAUUUCAUUAUACAUUAGUUUUUUGGGGGUGGGUUUUCUUGUUUGGUGUUGAAUUGGAUACAAUUUACUGGUAAAGACAUUCUGGGAUAUCAUGGAUUGACAGACAGAUUUGAGGUUAAAGCAUGAAGAACAUGAAAAUGUGACUGCCAAGGUGGAAAGAAUAUCGUCUGUUAUCAUUCUUGAUACUCUUACCUGUAAAAUUUGUGUAAAUGUGAUGGUGUAUAAUUUCCUAAUACAUGUCUUUGAUAAAUUCAUAGCA